CGCUCAUCCAUUCCCUUGCAAGCAACCAUCGACUUAGACAGCCACCUACAUUGUAUCUAUAGUUUUAUACAUCCUCACCUAUAUACACAUACCACAUUCUACUCCGACGUCGUAUCUACAUUGCUACUCUUCUCAUGGAUCCUCGACUCUCUCUCGUCGCUUUCUCUCUCUUCAUUGCCGGAAUCUUUGUCACCUCUUUUGUCUCAGCUGAAUCCGAAGACAAUAUGUUAAUCCGUCAGGUGAUCGGAGAUGAAAACCACCAGUUGAAUGAUGAGGAUCAGUUUGGUGCUUUCAAAAGCAAGUUUGGGAAGUCUUAUGGUUCACAGGAGGAGCAUGAUUACAGGUUAUCGGUUUUUAAGGCUAAUUUGCGCCGCGCUAAGCGGUACCAGAAGCUAGAUCCAUCUGCGGUCCAUGGGGUCACUCAGUUCUCUGACAUGACCCCCGAGGAGUUCCGUAAGCACCUCGGAUUAAGGUCUCGUGUUAAGUUCCCCUCGGAUGCAGGUAAGGCUCCCAUUCUUCCGACUGAUGAUCUUCCUGAGAAUUUCGAUUGGCGAGAUCAUGGGGCCGUCACUAGUGUGAAGAAUCAGGGUUCAUGUGGAUCGUGUUGGACAUUUAGCACAACCGGAGCACUGGAAGGGGCGAAUUUCCUAGCCACUGGAAAGCUAGAAAGCCUUAGUGAACAACAACUUGUUGAUUGCGACCACGAGUGUGAUCCAGAAGAACAAGGAUCAUGUGACGCAGGGUGCAAUGGCGGUCUCAUGAAUAGCGCGUUCGAGUACACAUUAAAAUCUGGUGGACUCAUGAGGGAAAAAGACUACCCUUACACCGCCAAAGACCACGGAGCCUGCAAAUUUGACAAAAGCAAGGUUGUAGCAUCCGUUGCAAACUUCAGUGUGGUGUCACUAGAUGAGGACCAGAUUGCGGCAAAUCUGGUGAAACAUGGUCCUCUUGCAGUGGCUAUUAAUGCAGCUUACAUGCAAACCUACAUUGGUGGAGUGUCGUGCCCAUUUUUGUGCGCAAAGAGGUUAGACCAUGGUGUGUUACUGGUUGGAUAUGGUGCAUCCGGCUAUGCACCCAUAAGAAUGAAGGAAAAACCAUAUUGGAUUAUCAAGAACUCGUGGGGAGAGAACUGGGGCGAAAAAGGAUAUUACAAGAUCUGCAAGGGUCAUAAUGUUUGUGGAGUCGACUCCAUGGUGUCUACAGUCGUUGCAGCCCACCGUCACUAAUCUGUUAAUAUUAUUGUCAAAAUUUCACCAUGUAUACAAGAAUUGUGGAAGAAACAUAAUGUUAUUACAUUCAUCUUUGUAUGUAUCGAUCUUUCUUCAUCUUCAUAAUUGGACAUGUGGAGAAGAUCGAUUUAAGAUCCCUAAAUAUCUAAAUAACAACUAGCAGGGUACCCGUGCGUCGCGACGGGAACACAAUA